GUUUCACAUACCCACGCGUUGUCUGGUUUCCAAGGGCAGUUCGAAACACAACACUUAUCUUCAGAGCAGGGCUUUGAUUGCGCACGUUUUUCCUGUGCUCGAGUGAGAUGAAAUAUGGAGAAUUACGUGAUUUUAGACGCCAUGUGCCCUGGUUCGUUUGGAACAACAUUACUUGUUAGUGACAGAAGCAGCGGUUUGGAACUUACAUUAAAGAAGAUUGAAUGUUUAGACGACGGUAGAGCCAACGAAACUCUUCAAGAGGCACUACCCCUUCUGGAGGUUAGGCACCCAAACAUUGUCCGCGUCAGAGAGAUGUUCAUAUCCUGGGAUAAAGAGAUAUCUUCAGUGAUCCUCAAUGUGGUGAUGGAUUGCCCGUACACAGACACUCUCUCCACCGCCAUCAGUUACCAGCGAGAUGAGAAGAGGCCUUUUGGGAAGCAGGCCAUCCAGACAUUCCUCGGACAGAUGACCGAUGCUCUGACCUACCUCCACAAACAGCACAUCAUCCACAGAAACCUGAAACCGUCUAACAUCCUGGUGAAGGGAUUGACCUUCCGCGUCUGUGACUUUGGGACGGCCACUUUCAGCAAUGACACAAUGAAGCUGCAGGUGAAGACCAAAGAAGGUGACCGGUGCUGGAUGUCCCCUGAGAGUGUGACCAGGAAGCAGUGGACGGACAAGUCGGACAUCUGGUCUUUUGGCUGCGUGCUGCUCGACAUGCUCACCUGCCACAUACACAGCCAUCUGGCCAGUCUCUCCCAGCUGUUGAGUUUGAAACAGACUAUGGGUCCCCUGGACAUCAUCACAUGUAAAGAACUGCACACUGUUCUUCGGAAGAUGUUCCAGCACAACCCUGAGUACCGUGCCAAUGUGUGGGACCUGAUGGAGGAUGUGCUGGUGCAGAGGUGUCUGGUGCUGUGUGGCGGCCCGCCGCACGUCAUGAAGACGAUGCCCUCAGGAGUCACUGGACCCCCUUUCCACGAGGGCCUCAACAAAGUGUUAGACUUCAUGCUGGCCUAUAAGGAUGUAGAGUCUACUCAGCUGCAGAUUCUCUCAUAUCUGACGUCAGAGAAGAAGACAGUGACGGGUCGUCAGGAUGAGGUGGUCAGAGCGACCUGCUUCACCAUGAUGGCCCACAAGGACUCCGCUGCCGUCCAGCUCCGAGCCUGCCAGAUGCUCCAGGUGUGUGUGGAGGCAGGUAGGACUACCUAUCCAUCAGGGGAGGAGAGUGGUGCCCAGAAGCAGUGUGUGUAUGACGACAGCGUCAUCUCUUGUGUGCUGUCUGCAAUGGACGUCCACGAUGGACAACCUGAGCUGCUGACCGAAGCCUUCCGCCUCCUUUUCAUCCUAUCUGAAAAUGCCCGGUCAGCGAGGUCGUUUCUGGAGCUGAAUGGCGUGGGUCAAGCGGUCCGAGCACUCAAGGCUUUCUCCCACCACCAGCCCAUCAUCUGCCACACCUGCAGAUGCAUCUGGAGAGCUCUGGAAACACAUGAGCCCCCGGCUGGCGUGCAUCUGUGGGGCUGUGUGGAGGCCGUGUGUGUUGCCGCGGAGACACACCCGCAGGAAGGAGUGGUGAUGGGGGCCGUGUGUGCCGCGCUGCUGUCCCUCUCUGUCCGAGAGACGUUCGAGGAUAAGGACGUUGAAGACGCGACCUUGGUGCUGCUGCAGGCCCUGAGAGGUCACUCCCGCCUGCCCACCCUGGUGCAGCACGCCUUCCUGGCACUGGUCAACCUCACCCACAUGUCCAAGGUAGCAUGUUUGCGUGUCCUGGUUGCCCCCGGCGGCGGAAGUGGCAUUGUCGUGAUGAGGGAGGCAUGGCGACAGUAUCCCAGCGACCCACAGCUGAGCCACUGCAUGGUCCGAGUUCUGGCGGCCAUGACUGAGCACGCUGAGGUGCUGGAAGAGCUGAUUUCUGUUGGUGCUCAGGAGGAUCUGAAGCAGAUUGAAGCUGACUCUGCUGCAGAUGAGGACCUGAAGAUGUUGAUCCAGCUGACCCUGUCCAGGCUGAGGGAGAUGGAGAAGGCUUCCUUGUCAUGACAGAGUCUACCCAAGGAUGGAUUAUUUUCAGUUAACAAUGUAUUCUUAAUAAAUGUUUGGUCAUGUUA